CCCCCCUACCACCAUGACCACCUCACUUGACUACCUCAAACAGACUGGGACCGUCGUCGUCUCCGACUCUGGGGACUUCGAGUCCAUUGAUGUCUACAAGCCGCAGGAUGCAACGACGAACCCGUCGCUCAUUCUCGCGGCUGCAAACAAGCCGGGCUAUGCGCGCCUCAUCGAUGCUGCCGUGAAGUACGGUAAGAGCAAGGGUGGAGACAUCGACCAACAAACGAACGCUGCGAUGGACCGCCUUCUUGUCGAAUUCGGCAAGGAGAUUCUGAGCAUCAUCCCUGGCCGUGUGUCGACCGAGGUCGACGCCCGCCUGUCCUUCGACAAGGCGGCUACGAAGGCGAAGGCCAAGGAGCUCAUUGCCUUGUACGAAUCCCUUGGCAUUAAGCGCGAGCGCAUCCUCAUCAAGAUCGCGUCGACCUGGGAGGGCAUUCAGGCUGCCCGCGAGCUCGAGCGCGACGAUGGUAUCCACUGCAACCUCACGCUCUUGUUCGGCUUUGCGCAGGCGGUUGCGUGCGCAGAGGCGGGCGUCACCCUCAUCUCUCCUUUCGUUGGUCGGAUCCUUGAUUGGUACAAGAAGAACAAGCCGGGCAAGGACUACGUUGGCGAUGAGGACCCGGGUGUGCAGUCGGUGAAGAAGAUCUUCAACUACUACAAGCAACACCACUACAAGACUAUCGUCAUGGGUGCUUCCUUCCGUAACACUGGCGAGAUUAAGGCCCUCGCGGGUGUUGACUUCUUGACCAUCGCGCCGCCGUUGCUCGAGGAGCUCAAGAACGAUACCGUGCCCGUCCCCAAGAAGCUCGACUCUGCUGCCGCGGCCCAGGGUCAGCCCCUGGAGAAGGUCACCUUCGUUGAUAACGAAGCCGAGUUCCGCUGGGCGCUGCUCGAUGAUCAGAUGGCGUUCGACAAGCUCCACGAGGGCAUCAGGAAGUUCGCUGAGGAUGGUGCUACCCUCAAGACCCUCCUGCAUGGGAAGCUCUCGGCGUAAGCGGUGCCUUCGGUGUGUAUGUAUGUGGAAGAUGAAAGGAAGUAGCUGAAGCCUCACUGUAUUGUUGUAAAAGAACGGCAUGAAUAAUGUAUAGAUUGGCUCGGGAUGUCAA